CCGGAAACAGCAGCGACCCCGGAAGUCCUCACGGGUACUGCCGGUCCGAACGUUCUCAUCCCCUGCGCCGCCCCGAGGGGUGUGCUGCCCGGUUGGCCAUGGACGAUACCCUGUUCCAGUUGAAGUUUACAGCGAAGCAGCUGGAGAAGCUGGCCAAGAAGGCAGAGAAGGACUCCAAGGCUGAGCAGGCCAAAGUGAAAAAGGCCCUUCAGCAGAAAAAUGUGGAGUGUGCCCGCGUGUAUGCUGAAAAUGCCAUCCGCAAGAAGAAUGAAGGCGUGAACUGGCUCCGCAUGGCGUCCCGUGUGGAUGCAGUAGCCUCCAAGGUGCAGACAGCUGUGACCAUGAAGGGGGUGACCAAGAAUAUGGCACAGGUGACCAAAGCUCUGGACAAGGCCCUGAGUGCCAUGGACCUUCAGAAGGUGUCUGCAGUGAUGGACAGGUUUGAGCAGCAGGUGCAGAACCUGGACGUGCACACGUCGGUAAUGGAGGAUUCCGUGAGCUCUGCCACCACGCUGACCACGCCUCAGGAGCAGGUUGACAGCCUCAUUGUGCAGAUUGCUGAGGAAAAUGGCCUGGAGGUCUUAGACCAGCUCAGCCAGCUUCCAGAGGGAGCCUCUGCGGUGGGCGAGAGCUCCGUGCGCAGCCAGGAGGACCAGCUGUCUCGGAGGCUGGCUGCCCUGCGGAACUAGCACGCCCGUGGCAAGUGCUGCCUCCUUGCCCUGUGAUGUCCUGGAGGCCUCUGCCCUACUCUGCGCUCAACUUUCUCCACCCCUUCAUAGCUGCCUUGGCUCUUUUCCAACCUGUCCGGCUGGCGCCUUAGAACUGAGCCUUAGGUCGGGCAGCGGGUCUCUGUCCUGGCAUUGGAUUUGCACAAGAGUGUGGGUGACUUCUGUGACUGGGCCACAGCUGGGAGAUGGCAAGCUCGCUUUUGUCCUCUGCCUAUGUGGAGUUGACAGGGUUUGGCGAGCAGAUGUGUGUGGACUUCAGCUCAGUGUUUUGGGGCCUUCAGAUUCCAGUGACUGCACACUUGCUAUUGGCUGUGCCCAGUGAGGGCCAGAGCCACUCCUCCUUUGCCAGGCAGCUCUUGGGAGUCUCUCCCCCACCUCUGCAGACAGGGAAUUCUAUUGUGUGACAGCCCUGAGUAGGUUCCUGUGAACACUCAUGCGCCGAGGUGUCCAGUGCCACCAACACUGACCUGGGGCCUUUAUAAAUGGUUGCUCUCCUCCAUCCUCCCAGGGCUGAGGUCUUGGCUACCACUGCCGACUGGCUGAGCCUGCUUGGGCUUUCUGUCCCUCAGCUCCCAUCCCCAGCCCACAGGAACAGAGCCACCAUGCAGUUUCAAGUCCAGGUCCCUCCCAAGAGAUCCAUGAACCUUACUCGGCAGCUGUCUCUGGAAGAACUUGGACCGCUCGGGUUGAGCUCUCUCCCUGCUGCUGACAGGCAUCCAGUGUCACAGCCCCCCGGCCUUGUUAGAGCUUCUCUCUCUUGAAGGGAAGGUCCCCUGGCUCUCCUGUCAUCUUAGGAAAGGCUGCUGCUUUCUGCCUUCUCAAGGGAAAGCACCUAGUGAGGUUGACUGGGGUGGCCUGGCUGUGUGUACAGGCUGCUGUUCUGUUUUUCUGUCUCCUGAAGUUUACUCGUGUUCUUAAAACUCCUGGUGAUUUUGUUCUUUUGCCAAAGUAGAGAGCACACGGCAGGUGGUGUGUCCUGGCCCUCUCUGCAGGCUGAGCAGCGCAGAGCUGCCCGCAGGUUUACAAGCAAACCUGAAGAGGGCCUGGGCUUGCUGGGUGGUCUCUUCUGCGCUGUGGAGCCCUGGUGCCCACAUUACAAGUUAGGUUGCGGGUGGGGACCAAGGUACAGUCUAGCCAUGGGUCCCUCAAGGCUUCCGCAGUCAAUCCGCCUGUUAGGUGGUGGAAGUAGCUGCCGUUGCCGGACAGCCUGAGCUCCCUGGUUCUGGAAGGGGAAUUUGUGAACACUGGUGGAUUGGGGUUUGUGCUGGGUUCAUCAGAAUGGGCGCAUCUGACUUUAAAGUGCUGUCAUAAGUCAAUAAAUUGAUUGUUGGAGAAUUUCUGGGUAAGUCUGCUGAACUAUGGGCUAGACCCCAUCUCAGCAUGAAGUCAAUAAUGCGGAGGGGCCUGUAUCUCUGGAGGCCUGCUUUUGGGGAAAAGGGAAGCUUGGUUGAAGAUUUUCAGGCUGUACAUAGUGGUGGAAUUACAGUCAGGUUUUUGAUUUAUUGCUAUAAAGAUUAUUUCCAAUUUGAA